AUGCACCCACAAGAACUCUCACCCCUUGGUGUCGAUGUCAUUGACAUACGAUCUUCCUGUGGCACUGCCACUGGAAAGACUAUGAAAGAAGAGAUCCUCGACUCGAUCCGAGGAGGUGACGAUAAACAUUGCGUUAUUGAAGAAUCAGGUGGCCUCAUUGAGUGGAGCCGCUCUAUACCCACUGGGAUCCUAUACGAAGGAUGUGGAAUUGAUCUCUAUGAAAACAUUACUCGAGAUCCUUCAUACUACCUUUAUCGCGAUGAGCUCUCCAUAUUCCAAGAGUAUUCUCACGAAAUUGCGAUGCUUUUAUUAGGUACAGCUACAACUAGGAAGGGAACAAAGAGGAUUGGUAGUUCCAGACAUGCAAAGAACAUUCAUCUCAGUCUCGUCGAUCUUGGCGCUGGACGUCUUGACAAAUCAUCGUGCUUGCUCGAUGGUAUCUGCAGGCAGAUUGAGCUUGAUCAAACAUUCAUGAAGGGGUCACGAGCGAUUUCUGCAACCUAUUGCGCAGUGGAUCUCCAAUACGAGCAGCUUCAAUCACGAAUCGAGCAGUUACUUCGGGAAAAGCCCAAUCUAGCUAAUGGUCGGCUGGAGCUCCAGCCUCAUAGCGGCGUGUCCGUGCGGGGAGUGUGCGGAUCAUACUACGAUGCGAUCGAAUUCCUCCAUGACGGCGGGCUGGUUAACGAUUCAUCGCGCCCCCCGAUAUAUCUGCACAAUACACAGUUUCGGAAGUGUCUGAUGUGGCUAGGUUCUUCGUUCACGAAUCUGAAGCCUGUACAGGCUGCCAAAUUCCUUCGGCAGUUCACUCAGGAAGGCGUGCUGCUGGCAGGAGAUUUCAUGCUGAUCGGUAUUGACCGCUGCAGGGAUGUGGGGAAAGUGACGGCUGCAUAUAGCGACACAUCCGAACGGUGGCAGCAAUAUAUACAAAACGGACUAUACACUGCCGCCCACACUGUGGGCGACGAAUCAUUUGCAGAGGACUGGACAUAUGUUGCACGGUGGGAUGCUGAGGAGGGUCGCCAUUUGAGAUUCGUUCGCAGCGACCGACAUCGGACCGUUUCGCCAGAUAUCGAGAUCUCUGCCCGCGAACACGUGCUUUUGGGGCAAUCAUACAAAUACACGCGGCAGGAUGCCCUCGGCGUGUUUGACAUGUCGGGGCUCACUGUUCGAUACGAGUGGGUCAAUCAACCCGACGAUUGCUCCUUGUUUUUGCUGGAGAAGACGGAGCUAUGA